AUGAGUGAAGAGUAUUACCUACAGCCACCAUCAGAACAGCUAUUUUAUCGGUUUAUGGCUAAUAUGAUGAGCUUCUUCUGUGCUGGUGAUCGCGCAACUUGGGGCUUUGGAAAAAACACAAAAUUACAAAGUAUAAAUAGGAUGAUUUUAUUUAUUUUCGGACCGAUUGUGUUUUUGUCUCAAAUACUUUAUUUAUACGUUAAUUAUUCAGAUUUGACAUUCGAUAUACUGGGCAUACUAUUUUCUAUAAUCCCCGUCACAUUUUUAGCUAACGUAAACAUAUUCUCAUCUAAAUUCAAAAGUUACGAACAAAAUUUGAGUGAUGAAAAAGUUCGUGUAUAUUUUAAAAAAAUAAUAGAAUAUAACACCUUUAUUCUUGAUGUUUUCAAAGAUGUACAAGAUGCAUUUGGGUUAAAUGUGUCUGCCAAUUAUCUGCAAAACUUAUUUGGCAAUAGCGUGGUGAUGUAUCAACUGAUGUACGGGGGUAGAGAGAAUAUGGCGAUAUAUAUUGCAAUGGUCAUGACAUACACUGGUGGACCGAUUAUAAUGUCCAUUGUUCUAGAAGAAAUACGACGACAGACGUACGAUUUAUCGAGUAUUGUAUACAACAUACCGUGGGAAAAGAUGUCCGUGUCAAAUCAAAAAAUAAUUUUGCUUAUUUUACAAAGGUCACAAAUUUUAAUGGAUUUUAAAGCCUUCGGUGGUAUGAAGGCGGGUGUCGGAACGAUGCUAUCUAUAUUGAAGACGACAUUUUCAUAUUACAUUAUGCUGAAAUCAAGUAUUGGGAAUGAAACUUAA